UAAAUUUAGUUAGAUGCAAGCAGCAGAAAUUAAUAUUGGAUUUUGUUUGUCCCAAGUGGCAAGUAUGUUGUUAGCAAAGUAAUUUAUGGUUUAAAUAGAGGUUUUUGGAAGGGCAUAGUUGUCUUAACGGGUGAAGGAAAGAUAAAUAAGAGUCACGUCAGUUAGAGAGUUGUGUGAUUUGAUUGAGUUCACUCAGUAUUCAUGGAUGGGGAAAGAGAAAGGUUGCAUAGAGAAGCAGAAGGGUGAAGGAAAAUUAAAGAAAUAAAGAGAGCGUGUUAAAACUUAAUAGAGAUUGUUAUGGCCUCAGGAUCAGGAUCAGGAUCAGGAUCAGAAGCAGAAGGUAGCACUGUGGUGGGGCUAACCCCAGAGGAAUUCAGCGAACUGGAAAGCAUCAUAAAGACGCACCACAAGUUCGAUCCUUCCCCAGAAAUCUGCACGUCCAUCAUAACGCAGCGUAUCGAGGCUCCGGCGCAGACGGUGUGGCCCCUGGUCCGAAGCUUCGAGAACCCCCAGAAGUACAAGCACUUCAUAAAGAGCUGCAACAUGCGGUCAGGCGACGGCGGCGUGGGCAGCAUCAGAGAGGUCACCGUCGUGUCGGGGCUGCCGGCGUCCACGAGCACGGAGAGGCUGGAGAUCCUUGACGACGAGAAGCAGCUGCUGAGCUUCCGCGUGGUGGGCGGCGAGCACAGGCUCCACAACUAUCGCUCCGUCACCUCCGUCAACGAGUUCAACAGAGAGGGUAAGGUCUACACCAUUGUGUUGGAGUCUUACGUUGUCGACAUCCCCCCAGGGAACACCGGUGUCGAUACUAAGAUGUUUGUUGACACUGUCGUCAAGCUUAACCUUCAGAAACUCGCCCACGUUGCUAUGGCUACCACUCCCAUACUGCACUGAACCCACCUUUCACUUUCUCUACCAUCACUAUUCACUAUUGUAUUAAUUCCAUAAUUACUCCUGCAUGCUUUUGCUUGCAACUUCCAACCUACAACUUUUCAACUCUAUUCCCUCUUUAAAAUUA